AAAUAAUCAUUACAGUUUAAUUAAAAAAAUAAAAAUUUGUGUCUUUAUAUAAACUAAUAAAUUUAAUAACAAGUUUGCUAAUAGUAAGAUACUAGGUAAUUAGAAGCGAUAUUUGCCGUUACUACAUAAUUAUCCAAAAGAAAAUCCGCAUCUUGCGUUGCACAGAAACGAUUUUUAGCAGCGUUACUUUUUUACUUUACUGCGAGAAUAUAUAUGGGAACCAUCGAAUAUUUUUCUUACGGUUCCCCACUUUACUUACCGGCGUUGGCCAAGGUAUACUAAAGAAAGAGGCGAGAGAAGGAGGAGAGAUUCGCUUUGUGAGACGGCGAGUCGGGGGCCGAAAAUAAACUUCCGUCGCGAAGAUACUCGCGGUUACAGCGAUUGUAAGAGCGCCGCUCUUACAAGAGGCCGGUCCGACCUCGCGCGUUCUCUCAGUCGGUGUCUUGAUGCGCUCGCAGUCAGAUGCUGUGCUGCGUCCCGAAGAGACUCGCGAACGGGGGCCCGUUCUACGACGAGGCCCCGUUCCACGACAGGCCCCUGUUCCACGACGGGACCGAUAAGAGUCCACUGUCGUCCGUUCGCGAGAUACGGAUCGAGCUGUUUCCCGAGGAAGAUGCGCCGCCGUCGAUUUUGCUGCCGUGCGCGAUUUGCGCGCGGACCUUCAUGCCGCAGUCGCUGGAGAAGCACGCGAGGAUAUGCGAGCGUGCCGCCGCCAAGAAGCGUAAGCCCUUCGACUCGGCCAAGCAAAGGAUCCAGGGCACCGAGCUGGCCGAAUUCCUGCCGAAGCAGGAGGUGCGGCGACAUCAUCAGGACGAAAGAACGAUCAGAUCCUCCUGGAAGAAGACUCACGACGACUUCCUGCGGACGAUCCGCGAGGCGCGCGGCGAUGUCAUGGAUUCCACCAAACAAUACAAUUCGCUGACCACGUCGGGCGCGCCGACACGUGCCAACGAGAAGGGCACGUGCCCCACGUGCAACCGGCAGUUCGGCAUCAAAGCCUAUGAUCGUCACGUGGCUUGGUGCAAAGACAGGGUCACCCGGAUGCCGAUGAGCCCGGCGACCAAUAUAGCGAAGGAGCGACUAGAGGCGCGUAUGAGGUAUAGGGCGCCGACCUUGAAGAACCGGCGAGCCAUCAAUCGCGAGAAGUACAGCCCGGGCUCGGCGGCGAACCAGGCUGCUAAGGCCUCAGUGUCAUCGCCGGCGCUCGUUAAGCCAAAGGAGACUAUCUCGAGUCUCAGUUGCAAUCGAGAGAGUCCUCAAGCCAAGCAGAAACCAGCCGUCGUGAGACGUCCUGGGCAAGUUAAGGAUUCUCCUACGUCGUCUGGACCUAUGAAGUCGCGCCUUGCCGAUCGUAUGAACAGCUGCUUCCAUCUCCUCAGGCCAGAGGAAGAUCCCGACUCCCUAUUGACAUCAACGUCCUGUCGAUCCGUCCACCUUGCGACAUCUUCCCAUCGUUCUCUUCACUUUCCCGUAUCUCCUGCGAGACCUAGAAUUAACGAUCUGGUCUCUUUCAAUGAGGUUACGUCACCUAUUGUCUCCAGAAAACAAUUUUACCAAAACGAGACGAUCUCUCAACGCAUUCGAAACGACGAUGCGAGAAAUCGAGAAACCUGUUCCGUCAGAAUGCAGAAAAACAUCGUUUCUGCCAGAAGUCAAGGCUAUCCGAGAAUCAACGAUGUCACCGUGAAUGAUAAAAUUGUAGGAAUGAUUGUGCAGCCUUGCAAAAUACGUAUAGACACGCAAAAAGACGGUCAAUUAGUGACAUGGAAGCAGAUCAGUCAUAAGAAGGAUAAUCGUCGGUCUGACGAUCCUAUUGCUGAUCAUAAUUUCUCACAGAAGGUUCAGCUGCUUGAUCUCGAUCGACUAUGUAAUCAGAAAGAAGAAACUGAAAGCCGAAAUAGAACAAAAAAAGAUUCAUCAGUUGCAGGAAACAACUUUACUCGAACCGUUGAUAAAUCGAAAGACAGCAAGACUGACAAAAUGAAAGAUGAUGAUAUCACAUGGCUGGAUGGUAUCCAGAAUUUAAAUAAGACGUACUUGAUAAAAGACUCGGACGAUAUUGAGGAUCUUUCAUCGGAGAUUUUUCACGGCAAGUGGAAGCCGAUUAAGCACAGUCCUCGCAUAGAAUUUUAUUUGAAAAAUAAGGAAGACGCAAUCUGCGAAUUUGAUCAAAAGAAAUUAAAAAGAGAAACCAUGACAAACAACGAAGAAAUUAAGAUUGAACAAAUGAAAGAAUUAAAAGUGUGCAUUGAAAAUAAAAAAGAUGAUGAGACGGUUACAUGUACAAUAGAAGAAUUAAAAACACAUUAUGAAAAUAUAGAAAACAACCAGAACAUUGAUAACAAAGAGAUUGAAGUGACAACAUGUAAAACGGAAGAUUUUGAUAUAAAUAACAAAGAAGAACACCAGCAAAGCGCGAGCUAUGAAAAGGCUGAAGUUACGAAAUUUAACAUUAAGAAAAUAGAAAUAAAUACUGAAGGUACAAAAGACAUCGAUAAAACGAAUAGUACAAAUAUUGUAGAAUUGGCUGAACCAAGUGUUCGUAAAGAAGAUAAAGAAGAUCCACAGACAACAAUGGAUGAGGGAAUUAUUGAAAGCACGAGACUUACCGAAGAAACGGAACAGAAGUUAUCCGAAUCCGAUCAACUAAUUAAAUCUUUCUUGUUCAAUAUAGCGCAUUUAAGUGCAUUGAAUGUAUCGAAGAAUUUUAUCGAUCAUAGUCAUUAUCUAAUUCCUAAGGACGAAAUAGAAUGCGAAAGUAAUAUAUGCGAUGAUUCACUUGCAUUGCAAGAAAGUACAGUAACUUUUACAUGCGAGCAACCUAAUGUAAGUGAGAUAAAACCUUUAAACAAUAGCAAUAAUCAAGCUGAUUGUAAAUUGAGUCCUGAAAAUGAAACGUCAGCACAUCAAAGCAAUAGCUGUCGCAAUUCGUUAGUUCUAACAAAAAAUAUCGGAGAAAUAUCAUUUCCUGCAUCCCGUGGGACUGUUAGCUCAGAAGAAAAUUCAAGAGACGCUGAAAAAAUUGAAAUAGACGAAGAAACAUGUGAGAACGGUUUAACCAGUAUAAUCCGUAAUAAAAAGCCUAGGAGAAAUUCGAAGAGAUUAAACUUUGAUGUAUAUUCGCUUCCGCAAAAUGCGAAAAUUGCUGCCGACGAUUACUUAAGUGCACCCGCGAAUAAUACGCCUUUGCACGUCGAAAGCAACAGACAAUUUCAAGAAAAAGGCUUCAGUUCUAUAGGCAAUUUCGAAAAUAUCGAGAAUAACACGAAAGAUGAGAAGGCAGAUUUCAACACGGAUUCAGACGACAGCUGUGUGAACGAUAAAUCAAGGCCGCUCGGCUGUUCGAUCAUUAAAACGGAAGUUACGACAGGUGAAGGUUGCCGCAAGAAAAACGUAGACAGCGAAUUCGAUUACGGUAGCGAUAAUACUACGCACGUCGGGGAACGUAAUACGCCGGACGCUAAUGGUCUAGGGUCAUCAGUCACGUUGACGGAUUACGCGGAGGAGGAGGAGGAGUCGCGGCAUUGCGGUAGCGAGACUUUUCAGAACGCGGGCGUGAAUUUUCCACGGCGCGCUUCCGGGGCGACUAGAAGAGACCGACCGGUCGAUCCCGUCGAGAUGAGGCACAGAAUCAGGGACAGCAUGAAUCUUCUCCGUGGUAGCACCGAUUCCCUGAUAUCCUCGAUCGAAUUCGUGGAACUCGCGAGCAUCAGACGGCCCGAUAAGAACUGCGCUUACGAACGUGAGACCAUUGAGAUAAUCAGGCCGAGCAGGCGGUGCAAGGUGUCCAGGAAUUUGCCUGAUAUAAAGAAUGACGCGGCCGAAGCGAGAGGAGAUUCCGAGAGAUCGUACUGGAAGAGGACAUCCAAGAUUUCGCGGAGCAGGAUGACUAGUCUCCAUCCUGCGUGUCGCGAGGAAUACAAGCUUGCUAAGAGAAAUCCUAGAAUCCGCAUCCUCCCUCCUGUCCUGAAUGCACCCAUAAUUAAUCGAAGGAAAAUUGAACUGGAGACACGUCCUGCCUGGUGCAAUUAUGUACGCAGAAGGCCGGACUUUAAUCUCGUACUUAAGGCUAGAACCGGCACCUGCAAGGACUAUGAUCCCUUUCUGCUGGCCGAGCAGCAGAUGAACGACCUGCUGUCGGAUACGAGCGAUCAGUCUAUAAUAGGGAGUCCCAAGCUCCAACAGACUCGUGAUACUCUCUAUCCUCUCUCGCACUCCUCCGCCUUUGUAAAAUAUCCUCCCUCCGACAGGAGGUCGUCCCUUAUAGCGCCACCAACUGAGUUCGACGACCUCUUGUCUAAUUUCUCGAGCGACUCCACCGAGACCAACUCGAUCUCGCGCGAGGUCUUCCUGAAGUCCGAUCUCGCGGGCAAAGAUGCCACAGAUUCCGCGAGUUCAAAACCCAUCAGACAAUUGGGUAGACGAGUCAUUAUCGAUAAAUCGAAGGCGCUGGGCGUCGACGAACAGCGUGGCGUUGAUGAACGUCGCGGCGUUGUCAUCAGCGCCGACAGACCGCACAAGAUCUUCGAGAAAGACGCGCUGAGAAGCACGAGAUCUUUGAUCAACCGAUCCGAUUCGGUCCGAGUCUCGUCUGCGCCCAGAAUCAAUUCGGGUCCUGACAGGAAGAUCUUGACCGACAUGAAAAAGGCCCAAGGUUCCAAGAUCGCCGAAGGUCAGAGGUCGUCGGAUCAGAGUCUCAAUCAGAGAAACAAUAACUACUCGUCUUUAUCCGGCAGCAACCUCAGUCUUAGCUCGAUCGUCUCCUCCUCGGAGCCGGACAUCAAGCGAUCGAACUCAAUGUUCGACGAGUUGAUGACGUCCUUCGAGGGGGACACGUUUCCCGGACUGAGAUCCUUCCUUAAUAAUGAGUCCUUCAACCUGUCCAGCCCUGGUGGUGAUAGACUCCGAAACGGCAGCCUGAUCAGCGACGAGGAGCUGUCCUCGCCCGACAGUUACAAACCGCAGGAUCACAGCAAAAUCAGCAACGACUCUGCCUAUAGCAGUUUAAAUCGCAAAUGUUCACACCAUGGACGCAGCGCCAACGAUGCGAUUGACCGCCUCGACGAGGACGCGCCCAGGAACGAAACAUCGCCGACUACAACGGCGGCCAAGUACAAGAUGUCCAAGUUCUGUCACGAGUGCGGUCUGCGAUUUCCGGAAACCGCCAAGUUCUGUUGCGAGUGCGGCGUCAGAAGGCUCGCGUUGUGAAUACUCCGAGCGUCGCUAAUCAUAUUGUAUUGAUAUAUUUUUUUUAUUCGGAAAAAAUGAACCGGAGAAGAAAUAUUAACGAAAGGAUAUUCUCUGGACAAAAAGAGUAUACUCUAUUGUUUUUUAUUUCCAGAGAGAUUUUUUUCUUGAGGGCGAGAAUAUCAAUGUUUUUCGAAGAGAAGAGUACGCUCUAAUUUGUAAUUUCGAAAACAUUUUACGAGAUCGAGAGUCCGUUCUGAAAAUGUUCUUUGAUCGUUAGGCGAUGGAUUUAACUGCCUUAUCACGAUAAUAUAUAGAGCGCUAUGUAAUUCAGGCGACUUUUGUAAAUCUCCGAGUUUCGAGAGCAACUUUUAUCAGGUAGCGAUUUUUAUACUGACCGAAAAGAAUUUUUUUAAUCUCCUUUAGUUUGCUUUGUAGAAUGCGUCGAUUUGCUCGCUAUGUUUGAAUAGUGUAUCUAGUAAUAUAUUUGAUAAUGAUGAUCGUAUUUGAUUGAUGGUCGUCCUUUUUGUCACAAACACAUGAUGUAUGUACACCGAGAGUCGCCGAGCGAUCGCGCAGUCCGUCCCCUUUUCUACAAAUUCACAAGUGCGACUUUUUGAUAAGUUUAUACAAGUGAAGAGAAUUAUGCAAGUAUGUUUCCUGUUAAAAAUAGGAAGAGAAUUAGGAAGAAUCAAUAUAUUUAUAUAUUUUGUAAAAGUGCGAAUGGUAAAAACUUAAAAAUUGUUAAUAUAUAUUUAGUUAAUCCAUUUUCUGUCUGUGAGCAGCGCAUUAAAAAACACGAAUUUUUUAUUUGGAAUUAAAAUAUACUAAAGUGAAUUUCUUUAUACUUUAUACAUAUGCUUUUAGUUGUAUAGUUUGCUAAUGAAUGAAUUUUAGGCGUUUGUGUGAAAAUGAACUCAAUUUUUAUCAACUCGCUUAAUUCGCCUAGUCUUUGCAGGAUUUUUGUAUCUAAUGUCGUGUAACAAGGUUGUUUAUAAAAUAAGAUUAGGAAAUGCUAGCGAUUAGAUAGGUGACGAUAUAAACGUUCGUUCAAUUAAUGCUAAUAAGAAAUAAUGAAGUGCAAAAUGCCAGCAAUAUAUACAUUAAAGGUAACCAAUCUAAUCUCAAUAAAGACAAACGUCUUAAUCGAAUAUUGCGAGAAAGAAAAUUAAUUUUAAGUGAAUUAAAUAUGUGCAACUAUAUAGAAACGCACAAUUCAACUUUACAAGUGGCUCUUCAUUCUUCUAUUAUUUAUUCUUUAUUACGGUAAGGAAAAGUUAUUUAUUACAUGCAUGCUGAAAAUCCGGAUUAAUAUACGAAUUGUUCCAGAAAAUAUAUAGAAUUCGGUAUGCAAAGCCUAUGCCUAGGCAAUAAGUAAAAGUACCUAGGUAAUAAGUAAAAGAAAACUGGAGACUUCCUCAUAUUUCCACUGGUGAAAACAUAGAUGUCAGAUUUUAAAUUCAAGGAAGUUGUCGAUCUACCACUUUUUAGACAUUUCGUCAGACAUUCUAUUUUUGAAAUUUUGGAAAAAAAGAGGAAAAUUAUUUUCUCAUAGUUGUGAAUGAGAUGUAAGAAAAUACAUUAAAUAAGGUUUUAUAAGCUGUUUUGCUAAAAUUACUUGUAAUGAUUUUAACAAGAGUAAAAUUUGUUAGGCACGUUGACUCUCUAGUGUUUCUAAUGUACACUAAAAAGAAACAUUGCAAUAAAUGUUUGACUCGAUGCCUAACUUGGAAGAAUGCAUCUCGAACUAAUCAUAUGCAAUAGAGUUAAAUUAUGUAGGCCCGAAACUGUAUUUUUGCAAGUGCAAUAAAUUGCAAUGCUUAUACGAAUUUUUAA